AUGCGUAUUCGCCUACAGCUUCGCAGGAAACCACAAGGUAAGCGACCUCCAGGUAAGCUGAAUGUUGCCUUGUUGCCUUCGCCCGCUCAUCAUCCCCAUUUCAGCAAUGACCUAGCUCAACGGCUAGAUAAGCUUCCUAUCGCUGCCGCCGUCGCUGCCGAGAACGCCGCCGUGGAGAACCGCUGGUGUCAACUGCGAGACACGGUCCAGUCGACGGCGCUCGCCGUCCUCGGUCGUGCACGCCGCCAACACCAGGACUGGUCCGACGACAACGACGCCGUCAUCAGCAAUCUGCUCGCCGAGAAGAACCGCCUUCACCAAGCCUACGUAGAUCACCCCUUUGAUGCCAACAAAGCCGCUUUCUACCGCAGUCGCCGCCAACUUCAGCAACGACUGCGCGAGAUGCAGGACGCCUGGACUGCCCGCACGGCUGAGGAGAUCCAAGGCUACGCGGACCGCAACGAAUGGAAGAACUUCUUCUCCGCAAUCAAAUCUGUCUACGGUCCGCUGAUGAAGGACACUGCUCCUCUCCUCAGCGCCGACAGUAGUACUCUCCUGACAAAGAAGACGCAAAUUCUGCAAAGAUGGGCUGAGCAUUUCCGAGGCGUCCAUAACCGCCCUUCCACCAUCUCCGACGCCGCCAUCGAGCGUUUGCCGCAAGUGGAGACCAACGUGGACCUCGAUCUCCCGCCAUCUCUCCAGGAAACCAUCAGGGCCGUGCAGCAGCUCUCCAGCGGGAAGGUACCCGAAUCGAACGCAAUCCCUGCUGAGGUCUACAAGAACGGCGGUCCCCAACUCAUGGACCACCUGACUGCGCUAUCCAGGAGAUGUGGCGUCAAGGUGAAGUCCCGCAAGAUUUCAAGAACGCAACAAUCGUGCACCUAUACAAGCGAAAAGGGAACCGCCAAGUCUGCGACAAUCACCGUGCUAUCUCCUUGCUAA